AGGGCCGCUGCAACGUUGCCUGUACAUAAACCACCACUGCCCGCUCGCCUGCCCGCCUUCGGUUGCCGAGUGAUAGAUAACAGUCACCAUGGCCCAACUCGACACCCUCGACAUUGCCGUCCUGGCCGUCCUGCUGGUCGGCACACUCGCCUACUUCACAAAGGGCACCUACUGGGGCGUCGCCGCCAACCCAUACGGCACCUCUCUGGCCGCCGCCAAUGGCGCAGCCAAAGCGGGCAAGUCCCGCAACUUCAUUGAGAAGAUGGACGAGACGGACAAGAACUGCAUUGUCUUCUACGGCAGCCAAACGGGUACCGCCGAGGACUAUGCCUCGCGUAUCGCCAAAGAGGGCCAUUCACGAUUCGGUCUCAAGACCAUGGUUGCCGAUCUCGAGGAAUACGACUAUGAGAAUCUCGACACCUUCCCCGAAGACAAGCUUGCCGUCUUCGUCCUGGCCACCUACGGCGAGGGCGAGCCCACGGACAACGCCGUCGAGUUUUAUGAGUUUAUCAGUUCCGAGGACAUCAGCUUCUCCGAGGGCGGCGGCAUCAACGACAAACCUCUCAGCAAACUCAAGUACGUCGCAUUCGGUCUCGGCAACAACACAUACGAACACUACAAUGUCAUGGUCCGCAGAGUCGACGAGUUCUUGACAAAGCUUGGCGCUACUCGACUCGGCUCGGCUGGCGAGGGUGACGAUGGUGCUGGUACAAUGGAAGAGGAUUUCCUCGCAUGGAAGGAGCCCAUGUGGGCUGCCGUUGCCGAAAACCUGGGCUUGGAAGAGCGCGAAGCCUUGUACGAGCCCGUCUUCCAGGUCACCGAAAAGCCAGAUCUCUCUCCCGAAGACGACACCGUCUUCCUCGGCGAGCCCAACAAGAACCACCUCGAGGGAAACCAAAAGGGCCCCUUCAACGCCAACAACCCCUACAUCGCCCCGAUUGUCGAAUCUCACGAGCUCUUCUCCGACCCCAACCGAAACUGCCUGCACAUGGAAAUCAGCAUCGCUGGCUCCAACCUGUCAUACACCACUGGUGAUCACAUCGCCAUCUGGCCUACCAACGCUGGCAAAGAGGUCGAUCGCUUGUUCAAGGUUCUCGGCAAAGAAGACAAGCGUCAUACCGUCAUUACUGUCAAAGGUCUCGACCCCACUGCAAAGGUUCCCUUUCCUUCGCCGACCACCUACGAUGCCGCCAUCCGCUACCACAUUGAAAUCAACGCUGCUGUAUCUCGUCAACUCGUCUCCGUCAUUGCUCAGUUUGCUCCCAACGACGACAUCAAGGCUGAAAUUACAAAGCUUGGCAGCGACAAGGAUUACUUCAAGGAACAAGUCACCGAUCGCAACCUCAACCUAGGACAACUUCUCGAGAUUACCGGAAAGGGCGCCAUCUGGGACAAGAUCCCCUUUUCUUUCCUCUUUGAGACCAUGGUCAAGAUCCAGCCCCGCUACUACUCAAUUUCCUCAUCCUCGUUGGUGCAGAAAGACAAGAUCUCCAUCACUGCUGUCGUCGAGUCCAUCGAGAAGCCAGGCGCGCCAUACGCUCUCAAGGGUGUCACUACCAACUACCUGCUAGCCCUCAAACAGAAGCAGCACGGAGACCCCAACCCCGAUCCCCAUGGCCUCAACUACGCCAUCACCGGUCCCCGCAACAAGUACGAUGGUAUUCACGUCCCCGUACAUGUCCGUCACUCCAACUUCAAGCUUCCCUCGGAUCCCUCAAAGCCCAUCAUCAUGGUAGGCCCUGGUACCGGUGUUGCACCUUUCCGUGCCUUUGUCCAAGAGCGAGCUGCGCAAGCCAAGGCUGGCCAGAACGUUGGCAAGACUGUUUUGUUCUUUGGAUGCAGGAAACAAGCAGAAGACUUCAUGUAUGCUGAUGAGUGGAAGCAAUACCAACAAGACCUUGGCGACAAAUUCGAAAUGCACACAGCAUUCUCCCGAGAUGGUCCCCAGAAGAUCUACGUGCAGCACAAGAUUGAAGAGAAUGGCGAAGCCAUCAACCAGCUGCUCGAGCAAAAGGCUUACUUUUACGUCUGCGGUGAUGCCGCACACAUGGCCCGUGAAGUCAACACAUUACUCGGCAAGAUCAUCGCCAAGUACCGAAACGUGUCCGAGACCAAGGGUGAGGAGAUUGUAAAGGCCAUGAGGGCAUCGAAUCAGUAUCAGGAAGAUGUCUGGUCAUGAGGGGCGAGACUAGAAAUAAAAGGGCGUCUGGGAACACGGCUUCUAGAACAUGCAUUUUCACGGUUAGAUCUGGAGUGGACGACGGCGUUUGAUCUAACAACAACAUUUUGGUCUUGGGCCCUUUUGGGUUUGGAUUUAUCGCGCAAUAACUUCGUUUAAUGCUGCUGGAACGCGUGCUUUGGCGAAGCCUGCGAUGCGAAGAGGACGUUUGAUAGAUAACGACACCUGUACUCUGCAUCUUUUCUCGCUCUGCCUAGGGUUGAUGUAGGUGUUGUAUCAGAAUAAGAAUAUUGAGCUCUGCACAAUUUCAUGUAGUGGCGCCCUGUUGUCAGAUGACAAGGGCCCG